AAAAGUCACCAAAUUCUCCCACUUCAUUUUUUCUUUGUCCCCUUACCUUCAACAAGCUUCAAAGAAACUCUUUCACUGAACCUGAUCCAAAGCUCUUUACUUAAUUUGUUCCUUCAUCUUUCUCAGUGCAAACUUUUUUCCUUCAAUUUCUGUCUUUAUUCUUCAUUCUCGCUCUCUUUUCCUCCACCCUUUUCACCAGUCACCACUUUCCUACUGGUUUCAUUCGAUUCCCCAGCCAGUUUACACCCAAAAGAAUAGAGAACAAAGAAAAAGGAAAAAUCAAACCAUCUUUAUUCCCUUAUUCUUAUUCCCUGCUAUAGCUAUACAUAAAUACAUACAUAUUUCCCUAAAACACUUUUUGGUGGUUAAAUAUGGGGUUUUCUGAGAAGGCACAAGUGGAAGGAGGCUUAGAGUCAGAUAGUAGAAAAUGGGUCAUCGCCGGAAUAGCUUUAAGAGCGCCAUUGAAGCCAAUAUAUACCAUCCCUGUUGAGAAAGAACAACAAGACGAAAGUGACAUGGAGGAGGAGUGUUCCACAACGCCAAAAGGGGAACAAGCAAGGAUUCCCACAACGUUGACGUGCCCACGAGCUCCUAGGAAACGAAAGCCUUCUUUGAAGUGCAACUAUAGUGGUGGAGCUAGAGAGUUCUUCACUCCACCAGACUUAGAAACUGUGUUUAUACGCCAUGUUGAAAGGGCUAAUUGAUCAUAGAGGUGGGAAAUAACCACCUUCACCCUUAAUUAGCUAGUUAGAGCUACCUAGCUAGUAUUUGGUUCUCUUAUGUAACCCUUUUUUUUUUUUUUUUUUAAGUUUUAUAUAAGUUGUUUUCUCUGUUAAUCUAGCUAGAGUUUAAUUAAUUCAGUAGUUUAGAGAUUAGGGUAUUUGUAUAAAGAGCAGUAUAAAUCAAUAAAAAUGACUUCUUUGCUUGCAUGC